AUGGCGUCGCGGAUCCUGGCCCGAUCCAAGGCCCUCAACCUCGCCGCCGCCCUCACCCGCGCCGCCGCCGACGCAGCGCCGCCGAUCUCCGGAGCUCGCGCGCUCUCGUCCCUGCCCCGCUACCCGUCCGCCCCGUCGUCCCAUGGGCUCGGCAAGGUUCUGGGAUAUGAACCUACAUCUGACCUCAGUGGAGCACAAGUUUUACCUCGUUGGUUUUCCUCUCUAGCAUCCAAUGGAUCUCAGGUGCAGAAUUCACAGAUCUCUGAGACAUACAAGUCAGGUGGUGAAAUGAAACAGUCUGAUGCACAGAAAUCGAGUGAGGAAGCCACACCCAAGGUUGUGGUGUUCAGCCCGCUAGAAGCAGCUAUCGCUAAACCUAGAAGUAGUCCCCUGACAAGUGAGAGUUCUAAAGUAAGGCGAUCAGAGAUAUUAACCCAAGUCACCUUUUACAUGAUCCCAGCUCUGCUUCUUGUCUCCAAGAACAGCAUAAGUACCUCUCUUCUGGUCGGCGCGGUGUUCCAUCAAGUAUACAUGUUCCACAAGGAGAUUCUUCUGGACUACGUCCACCAUGAUAUCACCAGAAAGUGGGCUUUGAUAUACUUCAAGCUGCUUUUACUGGUGAUGGCGAAGGACACCAUCAUGUACUUUAAUCUGUUCUAA